UCUUGUCCCACACAAAUCUGACAAAUGGACGAGUCAUACUUGAAGCUCCGUCCUUCCCUGCCCCUCUGCUUUUAAUUUCCCAUAACUCCCAUUCAAUUCCGAAGCCAUUGGAUACAUCGAUCCAAAUCACCUAUAAUUCCCAAACUACCCUUCAAAAUUUGCCAUCACAUUCAUAACCCCGAAACCCUCUGCGAAUCUCCUUCGUUUCGAGCCCAGAUGGAACUCGGGCUCGUGACGAAGGCCUUGCAUCGAAGAAAGAAAUGGCUUCUGAUACUCGCGGCUCUCGGCGCGUCCGGUUACGGCGCCUACAGGGUUUACAAUUCGCCCUCUUUGGUCCAGAAGCGAAAGAGGUUCAUGAAGGUCGUCGGAGCCCUAAUUUCUACGGCGGAGAUGGCGUCUGAUUCAGCCGAGGCCCUCAGCAUUGUCUCCAACGACUUGAAGGAGUUUCUGAACUCCGGUUCCGACGAAAUGCCCAAAAGUCUGAAGCAGAUUUCCAAGAUUGCGAGGUCGGAGGAGUUCUCCGCGUCGCUGCAGAGGUUGACGGAGGCUAUGACGAUCGGGGUAUGCCGAGGGUUUGAGUUUGAGACGAGGAAUGGGGUUGGAUCGGAGAAUUCGAGCUAUUCACUUUCAGAGAGAGUUAUGGAGAAGGUUUUCUCUGAAGCCGGGACCGGGUUCGUUUCGGUUGUAGUUGGAAGCUUUGCAAGGAAUAUGGUUAUGGGGUUUUACUCAAAUGAGCAUUCAGGUCAGGAUUCGGAUGUCAAUAGAUGGGUCGAUGCGGUUUGUAGUGAUCCAAGUAAGGAGCUGAUAGGCAAUUGCAUACAGGUUUUGGUGUCUACUGCGGUUGCGGCGUACCUAGACAAAACGAAGGAUGUCAAUUUCUGUGAUGACAUGUUUGGUGGAAUGACCAAUUCCAAGCAUCAGGAGAAGGUCAGGGAGCUCUUGGUCUCUGUUUGCAAUGGUGCUGUGGAGACUGUUGUGAAAACUUCUCAUCAAGUUUUGACGACUUCUGGUUCGAAUCCGAGCUCGAAUUCGGGGACUUGGUCAGCUGUUGAUCAUGGAGCUAGGGAUGAGUGCCUUGAGCAAGAAGCAAAGCAGCCCAAGGAGGGAAGUUCACUUGAGGCUAUUCAGAAUAGCGAGUGGAUUGGAAAGGUUUCGUCUACAUUGGCAGUGCCGCGCAAUAGGAAGUUUGUUCGUGAGGUGACUGGGAGGGUGACAUUCGAGACUGUAAGAUCUUUUGUUGAAUUCAUGUUGUGGACAAUACUAGAGGGGUUGAAAAGAACUCUUAGUGUGGUUCAUGGGGAGAUUGUGGGUAGGGGGUUGCAAGUUAUCAGAUAUUUUGGUGCAAAGUCUUCGGCUAUUGUUACCAUAUGUCUUGCUUUGCACUUGUAUGUUCUAGGAGGUAGUAGAGUUCUCUUGACUGCUUAGUUUGCUGGUUUUAUAUAACCCUGUAUGUAAAUCUUUGACUCU